GCGAGGAUAUACAUGGAGCGCACACAGAUACAAUCAGUAGUGCGACAAACCAAUACGAAAAAAAGCAUGGUACUGGUAAUCUGCCAGGACACGAGACAUUCAGGUCAUCGAAAGCAUCAUUAUUAUCAUCAGCAUCAUCAUCAUUAGAAUCAUCAUUAGAAUCAAAUUUUACCAAGCAGUCGGUUGAUAUUGGUGCAAAUCGAUGGAAGAUGUACGCAACCUCCCACACGACUCAAACCCCAACCGUAGUCGAAAAUCUUCAUCAUCAUCAUCAUCAUCAGCAUAUUCAUAAUCAUCAGCAAGACCAUCAUCAAAACCAUCAUCCUUCUCACGAUAAUCAUCUUCAUUCUGAACCAACUGGUGUGGAAAUAAAUCAAUCUUGGACACAAGCACAUGAGAAGAAUUCUUUGGAAGUCAAGGCUGUUAUUGAUCCACCUUUUAGUAUUUCACCAAAAGAACCAACUGUUGGCUGGUCCAACAUGAAUUCCAGCUCAGAGACCAGCUUAGAUUAUCAUGGGUCGUCGUUUGGGGGUCAAACACAUUUGGAUAAAAGGCUUCUCACUGACCCUCGACUGGAGAUGGCAGCGCCAGCAUGGCAACAGCAAGUGCGUCCCAGAAGAAGUCCUCGUCCAAUUAACCGAGAUGAAAGCAGGCCUAUGCGUAGCUAUUAAAUUAAUAAUGUUAAUAAAGAAGAAUAUUAUUGUUAUUAGAGGUGAUAUCUC